GGGCCUCGCAUAGAAAGGCGGCUGGUUUGAAAAGUGAAAACGGUCGGCGUCUUUUGGUUGGUCGCUCGGUUUAUAGCUGCUCUUCCGUGAGCUGCUGGGACUCCAGAGGACCUUGCCUUUCCUGGGUCUGCAGAGGUCUGUAGUUUCUUGAAACACAGGAAACAACUAUACUCAGGGAGGAGACUCCCAUGAUGGAGACCCUGUCAUUCCCCAGGUACAAUGCAGCUGAGCUUGUGCUUCAUAUUCGCAAUAAAUUAUUAACAGGAGCAGAUGGCAAAAACCUGUCGAAGAGCGAUUUUCUUCCAAAUCCAAAGCCUGAUGUCUUGUACAUGAUUUACAUGAGAGCCUUACAGUUAGUGUAUGGAGUCCGGCUAGAACACUUCUACAUGAUGCCGGUGAACAUAGAAGUCGCAUACCCACAUAUAAUGGAGGGCUUCUUACCCGUCAGCAAUCUGUUCUUUCACCUGGAUUCGUUUAUGCCCAUUUGCCGGGUGAAUGACUUUGAGAUUGCCGAUAUUAUUUAUCCAAAAGCAAACCGAACAAGUCGUUUUUUAAGUGGCAUUAUCAACUUUAUUCACUUCAGAGAUUCAUGCCUGGAGAAGUAUGAAGAAUUUCUUCUGCAAAAUAAAUCCUCUAUGGACAAAAUACAGCAGUUAAGCAAUGCACACCAGGAAGCAGUGCUGAAACUGGAAAAACUCAAUUCGGUUCCAGUUGAAGAGCAGGAAGAGUUCAAACAGCUUAUGGAUGACAUUCAGGAGCUGCAGCACCUGCUGAAUCAAGAUUUUAGACAGAAAACGACGCUGCUGCAGGAGGGAUAUGCCAAAAUGAAAUCAGAUAUUUCAGAGAAGACCAAGCACUUUAAUGAACUGAAGCUGUCAGUAGUGUCUUUGAAAGAAGUUCAAGACAAUUUGAAAAGCAAAAUUGUGGACUCUCCAGAGAAGCUGAAGAACUAUAAAGAGAAGAUGAAGAGCACCGUCCAGAAGCUCCGCAGUGCCAGGGAAGAAGUGAUGGAGAAGUAUGAUGUCUACAGAGAUUCUGUGGAUUGCUUGCCUUCCUGCCAGCUGGAGGUGCAGUUAUAUCAAAAGAAGUCACAGGACCUCGCAGAUAAUAGGGAGAAGCUAAGCAGCAUCUUAAAGGAGAGCCUGAACCUGGAGGACCAGAUUGAAAGUGACUCAUCGGAACUAAAGAAACUGAAGACUGAAGAAAAUUCCCUCAUAAGACUGAUGACGCUAAAGAAGGAAAAGCUUGCCACCAUGCGGUUCAAAAGAAACAAGAAGCAGGAGGAUGUGAAGCAGUACAAGCGGACCAUGAUUGAAGAUUGCAAUAAAGUUCAAGAAAAAAGAGAUGCUGUUUGUGAGCAAGUAACCACCAUUAGUCAAGACAUCCACAAGAUUAAAUCUGGGAUUCAGCAACUGAGAGACGCCGCAAAAAGGGAGAAACUGAAGUCUCAGGAGAUCUUUGUAAACUUGAAAAGUGCUCUGGAGAAGUACCACGAGGGCAUUGAGAAGGCAGCCGAGGAGUGCUGUGCCAGAGUAGAAGAGAAGACAGCGGAGCUGAAGAGGAGGGUGUUCAGAGUGCCGCCCUGACCAACAGCCCUCCCGCAAACGGCCUGCUGCCUUGCUGCUCUGCUGCCCUGAGGCCCUGCUGCCCUGCUGCUUCUGUUUGGCAUCGUUGCAUCGAAGUUGCUGGUGGAAGUGCCAGCAGUAUCAGCUCAUAACGUGGGUACCAUUGGUUCUUGUUUAUCUUUGGUAUCCUUUUAUAUGAGGAUGCGCUUCCUGUGUUUUUUUCUUCGUGAUGGAGAUACAACUCAGGGCCUUGCAGGCCGCACUGACCUGCUUUCCCAGGCUCCAACAGGCCGUGUAUUGUAUAGGCUUUUGCUACGAUUAAAAUAAUGUGUACAGCUUUUAUGUCCCUCCUCUCUCUCUUUUUGUAUGUACUGGUUGGAAUAAACAAAUAGCUACUGAA